CGGCCCAUAUGUACCAUGGUUUCCCGGGUUUUCUCGUAUUUUCUAGGGCUUUCCUCCCUCCCUCUCAAAAUUUUCUAGGGCUCCAAUCACUGCCCACCAUAGCAAGCAACUAUUCUCUUGGCUAGUUAUUCACUAGGCUUGGCUUUGCAAUCUCUGAGGCUUUGCGAUAACUUUGGUGAAUGGAGGAGACAAUACUUACUUCCGAGACACCAUCUACUUCGUCUCAAUUGAAUCCACAGGCUCGCAUAGUCUGCCGAGUAUGCCAAAAGCAAUUCUCACAAUAUACUUGUCCUCGAUGCAAUACCCGGUAUUGCUCCCUUCAAUGCUACAAGUCUCAUUGUCUACGCUGUACUGAAUCUUUCAUGAGAGAAAACGUAGUGGAAGAGAUACGGCAAUUGCAACCUGAUGAUGAAAAUAAACAAAAAAUGCUAGACAUACUCAAACGAUUCCAUUCAGAAGAAGAGAUGGAUAACAUGGAUGAGGAUGAUUCAACUUUGUCAGAGGAGACCAUUCAAAAGAUUCUGUCUGGAUAUGAAAUCAGUGUUGACGAUUUAUCUGCUGAGGAAAAGAAACAUUUUCAGAGAGCUGUGGCUUCUGGAGAGCUCAGCAAGUUGAUUGAGCCAUGGGAACCAUGGUGGUUGAAAGCUUCUGCUAGAACAAUAUCUCUAAGCCGGGAAGGGACACGACUUGUCCAACCACUUGCUAAGCAAGAAACAGUGGCCUCACCACCAGAUGAUCUGGGAAGUGAUCAAUCAUAUGAAAUUCCACCUGGCCCCGAAACACCAUUACCUCCAAUCAGCAAGCUCAGCUCAACUGAACCAUCCCCACUAUUAGCUGUUCACCUUGUAGACAUCAUAUAUAGUUAUUGUUUCACUCUUCGCCUCUACAACGGGGAUUGGCAAUCAGAUCCCAUAGGAUCAGCCACAGUUGUUCUAAGUGUAUCUUCUGUUCUGGGUCAAGGUGGGCAGCCAGAGACUGUGUUGGAAGCUGUGUCUCAUUGCUUGGAGCAAACUUGCUCUCCGGCUUUCAGACACAUGGGUGGUUUGCAAUUUGGAUUGGGUGUUCUAGAUGAUGUGAUAAGCCUACUUUCUCUUGGAGGCUCUGCUUUAGUCAGUUUGCUUUGCGAUCUACAGAGGCUGAUUCAAGCUGCAGAGGGGGAGCUGAAAUCAGAGAAACCCCGGAAAUCAAAAAAGUCUGAAAUGAGGGGUAAGCUGAAGCUUGCAGAGAGAAAGGUCUUCUUUAUUUUGUGUUGGGUCCAUGAGCAGCCUGGAGAAGCUUGGUCUUCGUUGGCAGCCAUUGUAAAGGCAGAGAAGAGUUCAACUAUGGAAUUUGGAGGCAGCAAAGGAGUGAAUUUGAGAAUGGAGAGUAAAGUAGAAACUAGGGGUAAGGCUCUGAUUGAGGAGGUUCAGUGAGCUACCAUACCAUCUCUUCUUUCCAUUUUUUUGAUCCUCAUUGGAAAGGGGGUUAUGUUGAAUCUGUUUCAGAGUACAUGUAAACACGUUGUACAUUAUGUUAACAGGCUAUGCAAAUCCAUAUAACGAUCGGCCUCUUUUGGUUUGGUA